AUGGCAUUUGAAAAUUAUACUGUAAACAAUGUAGACAGCUUUAUAAUCACUGGAUUUGAUCACUUGCCGAACCAAAAGCUCCUCGGAUUCCUCAUCUUAAUAACCUACAUGCUUAUAUUGCUUGGGAACGGCAUCAAUCUGUUUAUCAUCUUGACUGACCGACAUUUACACAAACCUAUGUACAUAUUAAUCUGUAAUCUAGCUGUUGUUGACAUAAUGUUCUCUUCUACCUGCAGCACAACCAUGAUCUCAGUGCUGCUGGCUGAGAUUAAAAAUGUUUCAUACUACUCUUGUAUCUCAAGGAUGUUCUUCUAUCAUCUUGGUGACUUCACAAUAUGCAUGGCUCUGACAUUAAUGGCAAUAGAUCGACUCAUUGCAAUCAGGCUUCCUUUGAGAUACCACAGCAUUGUAACAAAUUCACGAACAUUUCUGUUCAUUUUUCUGACUUGGCUCAUUACUAUCGCUUUAAUGAUUGUUUUAACAUCUGUGGUAGACAAUGUCCCAUACUGUCAGCCUGUCAUCAAAUAUGUGUUCUGUGAUUAUCCUUCUAUGAUCAGAGCUGCUUGUGUUAAUCCUGAACCUUAUUUUUUCUUGCCUGCAAUGAUCAAUCUGUGGUGGUUCUGUGGACUCUUCCCCUUUGUUAUGUGUACCUAUGCUGUCCUGGCCUAUAGUGUGACCAAACUCUCCAACAAAUCCAGCAAAAAGCAAAUGAUCAACACUUGCUUGAGUCACCUCAUUGUUCUGCUCAGUUUUUAUGCACCAAAGCUGGUCUCUAACAUGCUAACCCGAAUAGGAGUUGUUCUAACUUUAACAGAGAGAAAUGCAAUAUUGAUUAUUGCUUCUCUAAUUCCUCCCUUAAUAAAUCCUGCUGUUUAUUGCACCAGGACUAAAGAGAUCAGAAAACGAUUGUCAGAUGUAUUUUUGCACAAAAAAGUUGUACCAAAUCAUUUAAAGGUUUUAUCAUAA